AUAGCAGAUUUCUUAAUCUCAUGUAAAUGGCUGUUAAAGGUAUAGAUCUUCAAAUGGUAUCCAUAACACCGAGGUCCACUCAACAGUAAGGCUUAUUUAGGGUGGCCUACCUGACCGCAACAUUCAUUCGUGUUUCAUGUAAUUUAAGCCUUUAGAUCCAUCACAGCACACCGCAAAAUGUCCAGAUGAUUUACGUGCUACUUUUUCACAUUCAGAACAGUAUGUUGCAUCAAGAAGGCAUUACUUUCAGGAUAUAAAAUGGUGCAAGAAUGAAUUAUUGUUUUCUCUAGGUGGUCAUUUCCUGGCUUCUCAUCCCUCUUUUUUGAAGUCAAAUUUUGCAGAAAAAUUUCAGGAUGACAGGAUGAUGACAACAACGUGGUUUUAUGAUAAAACUGUAAGUUAACUCAGAGUAAGUGGUAGAUGUACCUAUAGAAGAGACCUGUGGUUUUAUCUCCUAGCAAAACAAAGCAACAGGGCUUCUUUUUUUAGGAGGUUUAGCACUUACUCUGAGUUAAUUUACCCAAGUUUGACAUUAAGCUACGUAUCUGGAAUACCACCCUGUUGUCAGCCCAAUGGCGAAGAAUGAGGGGUGGUGGGGUGUUCUCCCAAGUCAAGUGUGGUUCACUUAGGGCCUGAUCCAUCCUUUGUGUUAUUGGUAGUGGGAUGAAGAGCAAGGUUUUGACUUUGUCCAGUUAGUUUUGCAUCACUUGCUCAACCUAUGAUGUGCCUCAUGAAAGAUGGGUAGGUCAUCAUUGUUUUCCAUGGAAAGUGAUUUUGAGGUUUGCUGGCCUAGACCUUCUCAGUGGCCCAUAUAGAAUAUGCAACUUCAAAAUACUCUUUGGGGACAGUUCCGUAACUGCAGCAUAUUUCCUUUCUUGAUUCAUUUAUAUUCGUUGUUUAUAUAAAUAAAAAAUCUAGGAAUCAGAAGUUUGUCCUGCCCAUUGACAGUUAAAGAUGGGUCCUGCCUGCUUUAUAUCCCGUCCCCUUUUGAUGACGUCCAACGGUCGUUCGUUGCUAUGGCGCGGUUGGGGCCCGAGAGUUUGUGUCCGUUUCUUUCAAACCUUUUCCUCUCGGGAAUUUUGUAGCAAACAAACAAACAAACUACUGGAAUAAACUUUGGGACAAGCUGUCAAAUCUCAGAGUUGUGUCGUGUGUGUGUGUGUGAAGGUGGGCACCCAUCGCUCCGAGAUGUCAACAGACAGAGUGGAGGACCUGCUGAGUGACAUCGAACCUUUUCAAUCCUCUCCUCCUCCAUCCCCUCCGCCAUCUCUCUCCAAGCCUCUCCUCUCCUCUAUUUUGCCGUCUUCCCUCGCUCGCUCCUGGCCCUCCUCUCCCCUCUCUGUGCUAGCAUCCUCACGUGAGGUCACCACCCGCCUCUACUCCUCCCUGCAGCAGAGCAGGGUGCACGGGUCCACAGAAGAAGGGGUCACACGCUCGUUCUCGGAGCUCUCCAUCAAACCAAGGCAGGUGUCGUUUAAACUCUCCUCAGCCUCCCCAGAGGCGUCUCAAAUGAGCUGGUUUGACACCACUCCCCCAUUUGCCUCUGACAGGCCAGAGCACACGGAGGAGGAGGAGGAGGAGUCUACUCUGAGCACAAGCCUCUCCUCUGAGGUGGUUGGGCUCGCAAAGACACAUGCAGACCUGGGGCCAGAGUUAGAGGUAGGGCAGCUGGUUGAGGAGAUGAGCGCAAAUCUGAAGACAAGUCUCAGCCACAGCAACAGCUUACAGAGUGGCCGACGACACAUUGAGGACAUGGAAAAUUUGAGGAGUCACCUGCAGACCAUGCUGAAAACGAGGCCAGCUGAGAGACGGGAGGCUCCACAACACAGCCAGCAGUUUCAAGAUGACUCGUUUGGCAGUGAAGCAACAACUCACCUGCUGAAUGCUCCUCUGUUCCCCUCUGUCUCCCCUCCUCUCUCCAUGACUGGUUUGGAAGACCUCUUCCCCCGCUAUACCCGCUUGCACUCUGAACGCGCUCCACCGCCAUUGUCAGGGGAGACACAGGUGUUGAAGGAGAGUCUGGAGCGUGAACGCACACGUCGAAAGCACUGUGAGCAACAGCUGUCGUUGCUGCAGAACAGGACUCUUGCCCUGCAGCAACAGCUGGCCCUGGCUAUCUCAGCUGACCGGAAGAAGGACAUCAUGAUCGAGCAGUUAGACAAGACGCUGGCGAAGGUGGUGGAAGGCUGGCGCCGGCAUGAGCAAGAGAAGAGUGAGGGAGUGAAGAGACUCCAGGAGGAGAAGGAUGCGGCAGAGAGGGCUCAAACCAAACAGCAGGAGACGCUGGCUGAAUUUGAGAAGUGCCUCUCUCAGGCUGCAGAGGCUUUAGACAGAGAACAGAAGCUGAAAGAGGAGCUGGAAAACUCCAACAAAGAACUGGAAAAGCAAGUGUUGGAGCUGCGAACGUCUGUGGAUCAGCUCCAUGAAGAGUGCCAGCAUCUGCGGGCAGAAGGGGAGGAGGUGAGGUCAGAGGCGGAGAGGCUCCAACUCCAGACCCAGGCCUCUCGCGCUCAGCUGGAGCAGCAGCGGGAGCAGAGCAGCCGCAGGGAGAGGGAGCUGCAGGAGCAAUUCAGCCAGCAAGCGCGGGAGCUCGAGACGGAAAGGCUGAGUGGUGAGCAGGCCCAGCAGGACUGUGAGGACCUGAGGGGUCGGCUGAAGGAGGAGAUGGAGCAGCUAGAGGAGAUGAGGAGGGAGAGAGACGCUGCCAGAGUGGACCGAGCUCUGGACCAGGCUCGUUUUGAAGCAGAGCGUUCUCAGCUGGAGGUGGAACUGAAGCUGUCGGUGGAGCAGCAGGUUACUGAGAGACUCGUGCAUAUUCAAGAGGAGAAUGCCACCAGCACCUCCAAGCUACGAGAACAACAUAGAAAGCAGCUGCUGGACCUAAGUUGUCGGCACGACAGGGAGAUGUCAGCCCAGCAGACCGAGUUCAGAGCCCAGCUGCAGGAGCGUGAGGACAAGCUGCACGCCUUCACACAACAGUGCGAUAGCAAACUGUCCGUAAUGCAGGAGCAGCUGGUUUCCAUGGCAACCAGCAAGCGGAGGCUCGAGCAUCAGAGGGCAGAGCUAGUGUCUCGUCUGCAGGGCAUGAUGCGCUCCCAUUGGACUGAGGCUUUGAGGUUGUUGGCCAACCAGGGUCAGUUGGAAGGUCCCCUCUCGCCUCACUGUCGGUGGGAAGGUAUUGGGACCCAUAACUUUCCAGUGGAAGAAAAUAAAACAAAUUGCAAGCGAAUCAACACAGACAGCACACAUUCAACAGUCCCUCAGGCAGUGGUGCUCCAUCUGUCCAGAGAGAGAGAUGGAGAGAUGAGAGGAGAGCGAGAGAUGGGAGGAGGAGGAGAGUCUGAUAAUACCGUCUUUAACCACAGUCACAUCUUCACUCCCCUCGAACCGCAGCUGGAUGAGACCGGCCUUACAGCGCUUGGCAACUGUGAUCUGGACCUCUGGGAGAAAGUGCGAGGUGAAGAGGGGGAUAGAGGGAGGACAGGGAAGGGAGGACAGGAGAGAACAGACACUGCAGAGAAAGAGAUGAACAACAGGCAGCAGCAGCGGGAGCAGCAGAGUCACAUUCAUAGCACAAGUGAGAUGCUCCACCCAGACCCUUUCCAGAGCCCAAGCCAGUUCAAGAGCUUAAGACAGUUCCACACAUCCAAUCAGUUCCACAACUCAAAUCAGUUCCAGAACUUGAGCCAGCUCCAGACCACAACUCAGUUCCCCACCUCAAGUCAGGCAUCGAGUCAUUUCCAGAGCUCAGGUCAGUUCCAGAACUUGGCUGAGGCAGAGAGCAUGGGUCACACCCUGGCCCAGAAAACUAGACCGAAAUCUCAACCGUCCAGCCAGGAUGGGCCUGAGCGUGCAGUCCAGGGCCAGCACAGCGACCAUGGCUCAAGGCCACAUCAGCCUCCCAGUCACUUCAGGGGUCACAGUGCCAGUCAGAGCUCCAGUCGCCUCCAUACCAGCAACCAGAGCCUCAGCCAGGCAGAGGUUAGCUCCUCCUCCCCUGAACAACGAGCCAAUCACAGUAGCUUCAGCUCGGAGGUGUACAGCAGUGAUUUGGAUAGAGGACCUCCAGUUAAACACCACAGCCCGCCCCUGAAAGUAAAAACUGUGGAGGGGUCGUCAUCAUUGGGGCAAGAGAGACAUAGUGAGCUCCAGUACUAUAUCACCAAGCUUUUGGACUGUUCCCCUGGUGAGCCGUUCCUUGAUGCGCAGGUGGCGGCCCUGUCCCAGAGCGCCAGAGGGCCAGCGGGAAGCCCACAUUCAGACCCACUGAGCCAGCUGCUCAAGCAGCCCCAGGCCAACACCCAGACCAUGCAGCACAUUCAGCAGCUCUACAACAACCUGCUCAGGACUGAGUAUGAGAAGAACAUGGCUGCCGUCCAAAGUAACCUGGACCAGAAGCUUAGCAAGCUGGAGAAGAGUGAGCAGGAGGCAGAGCCACCACAGCCCUGUCCAGUCACAGCCCCGCGGCAACCACAGCAAACCAUGGUCAACCGAGUACGCAAGGCCGGACUAGGCCAAGGGAACAGGACAGGGUCAACGAAGGUCACCGCAUGGAGAUGAAGGAGAAUGAGAAUAAGAAGAGCGAGAGAGAGUGUGUGUGUGUGUGUGUGUGUGUGUGUGUGUGUGUGUGUGUGUGUGGUCAUAUGGUACAACCUGUUUUUAGAUGAUGAUCAAUGAUGAAAAGUCAGUUGACCACAAAACCAAGAAACAGACUACUGAUCGUCCUAGUCUUGUUCAAUGUGUUUUUAAAUUAAGUGUUCAGACUUUUAUUAAAUGACGGUUGUUGUUUUUAAUA